AUGAAGAGAGUUUCUCAGAUUAGCAUAACUUUGUUCGCUUUAUGCAUGCUCAUGGUUGCAUUCCGAGUGGAGAGCGUGCACAAAAGCGAAGGACCUGUGAGUAUUAAAGUAUGGAGAGGACCUAGCGAGCAUUACGGACAUCAUCAUCAUCAUCAUCAUAGCUUCGCACCUUUCGCAUAUUACGUAAAGCAACCAGCCGAUAGCCAUCAUUACGGUCAUCAUCAUGGUCAUCACCACGGUCAUCAUCAAGUACAUCACGGCCAUGGAUACGAAGAUGGUCAUCAUGGUCAUCACGGUGGUCAUCACGGUGGUCAUCAUGGUGGUCAUCAUCCAGAACACCACGUCCAUGAAUAUCAUGAAGGUCAUCAUGGCCACGGACAUGGUCAAGGACACCAUGGUUAUCAUCAUUAA